AUGCAUCUGCAGAGCUUCCUGAUGAUGGUCGUGGCGACUCUUAUCCUCGUAAACGGCAGUGUCUCUGCAGCCGAUAGUUUCAACCUCCGUAAAGUGAAAUCAACAUCUCCAAUCAACGCCAUCAACACCGUCAAGACAGAAUUGACGAGCUCGCGAAUGCUACGCAGUGCCGACUUGACUACGGGUGACAAUGGACACGUCUACUAUUACCCUGCCAAGAAAGGCGAGAGGAAACCGUUCAUCGAGGCUAAAUUGAAGAAGGCUCUUGCAAACCCAAAGAAGGUUAACCGACUGUAUGCAAACUGGUACAAGAGUGGGUUUUCCGCCAAGAUAGUUGCCAAGGAGUUAAAUCAGAGUGUAAACAGUGAGCUCGGCGACACGUAUUAUAAUCUUGCCAAGGGCUACGCGACGUUCGUCAAGAGAAAGAAAACUCAGCAGCAUCUUCUUUGA